AUGAAAAGACUACAGCGCGAGAUGCAGCCGGCGAAGGUGAAGCCGGCGCCGGAGCCCAGGACCAAGGGCGCCGCGGCGCCUGCGCGGGCGCUGGCGGCGGAGGCCUUCACGGCGCGCGAGCUCGACGCGGCGGAGCAGCUCAUCCAUCUCAGCGAGAGCAGCGCGUCCUCGGGCACCACGCGCGCCCACCCCGUCGCCUACGCCGCGGCCUCGGGCGGCUCCUCCCGGCGCUCCGUCAACGGCCUGCAGGCGCCGGCGUCGGGCGCGGUUUUCCUUGGCGGUUGCGCGAACCGGGAGGAAGAUGAGGAGCAGGAGGUCGCCGGGAGCCAGCGGAGGGGGAAGCGGUACCGCCUGAUCGCCGAGAUCUACGCCGCGACGGAGGAAAUCGGAGGCCGCAGCGGCCGGAAGAACAGAAAGGAUUAG